AUGGCUACCACGACCAGCACUCGAACGUUGCCGACGUAUCAACAGGCUGCAGAGUCAAAGCAUGAACUCGACUGGGCCGAUUUGAUCACUCUGGACUUGUCCCAGUUCGAUGCUCCAGGAGUGAAGGAGAAGCUUGCAAAUCAGCUCAGAGACGCUGUCCACAAUGUUGGCUUCUUCUAUAUCACCGGCUUCGGUCUAACGCAGGAAGAAGUCAAUCACCAAUUUGCCAUUGGGAAAGAGAUCUUUGCUUUGCCAGAAGAAGAGAAGCUCAAGCAUCGAGCAGACCUGGAGCACGGCCAUUACAGCGGCUACCGUCCCAAAGGCACGAUCGAGCUCUUCCCGGGCCUGCGAGACAACGUCGAGAUGUACAAUGUCUUCAAGUUCCUUCCGGAGAACGAGAGGAGCCAUCCAGACCUGAUCUACGAGCAUCGCCCUGAGAUUGAGAAGUUCCAGAGACACAUUGCCGAAGACGUCGUCCAGAAGCUGCUGACCCUGAUCUCAAUCGUCUUGGAACUCCCUGAGGACUACCUGUCGAACGGCCAUCGUUACAACGACCUCUCAGACUGCCACCUCAGGUAUAUGAUCUACCGGGCCAGGACUCCUGAAGAGAAUGCCAAAUACCAGAACAUGUAUUCUCGAGGCCACACAGACUUCGGUAGCCUGACAUUGCUCUUUCGCCAACCCAUUGCCGCACUUCAAGUCAAGAUGCCCGAUGGAUCGUGGAAGUGGGUGAAGCCGUAUCCUGAGAGCAUCACCGUCAACAUUGCAGAUGUCUUACAGUUCUGGACAAACGGGUACCUGAAGUCCUCUGUGCAUCGCGUUGUUGCCCCACCAGAAGACCAGGCUCACCUCGAUCGUCUUGGCUUGCUUUACUUCCUGCGUCCCUCUCAUGAUCUAGACUUGAAGACAGUAGAUAGCCCAUUGCUAAGGCGUCUGGGACUCAAGGACUCUGGCGAUGAGGCUGCUGGUAUCAAAGCUGGCGACUGGGUCCGUACCAGGGUCAGGCAGAACCAGGAUAAGGCCGUCGAUGGCGGCCACAAGGAGAAGGAGGUUCUCGGGGGCGUAAAAAUCAAGUACUUUGAUUGA